UGUAUCACUGCAGCAUCAGCACACACAGGCCACAAUCAGUUUGAUAGAGAGGAAGAAUUGCAAGACUCCACAUCAGGGAGAAGGAGGGAGGGGGAAAAACGCAACCAGAGCGAGGAAAGAACCCCGUGGCCAUCUUAAACCUGUAAAGUGAGGAGACAGCAGGAGGGCGUGGACCUGUGAGUGAGCUCGAGAGAGAGUGUGUGUGUGUGAGAGAGAGAGAGAGAGAGAGAAGGUGGAAAGAAGAAACAGCCAGUGAGGAAGAGAGAAGCUGCGAGGGAGUAUAAACAGGACUGGUGAAACAGAAGGACAAGAGAGAGAGAGAAGGGAGUUGCCCGUCAGCGUGUGGACUGCUGUCCUUGCAGUGUGCGAGUCUGGAAGCAGGUGCGACUUUGAUGGGACAGUGAGCAAUGCCUACCACAUCACAACAGCAGGUGGGCAGCAGGGGGCGCAGUAUGCCUUCCCUACUCCCUCUCCUCUGUGCCCUCCUCCACCUGACCCUCACUCCAACGCCAGGCCAUGCUGCCAUCCACAUUCCAGACAACUACCACAUAAAAGAAUUAAAGAAACCCCCAGUAAUCACUGUCCAACCAGUGUCCAUCACUGCCUUCUCCUCUGAUGACAUCAUCUUGAACUGUGAGGCCACUGGGAAUCCCCCUCCCACGUUUCGAUGGGUGAAAGAUGGAGUGGAAUUUAACCUGUCCAGUGUCUCUGCCAUACUGGUUUCUCCUGAUUCUGGCAGCUUCACAGCUAAAGAUGGACCCAUCCACCAUUUCCAGGGCAAUUACAGCUGCUAUGCCUCGAACGAGUUGGGCACAGCUGUGUCCAGCGAGGCUCAGAUUCUCACUGAAGACAUUCCUGCUAUUCAGAAGGAGAAGAAGGUGAAGAAAACUGUAGAUGAGGGAAGUCCUGUGGUUCUACACUGCAACCCUCCAGAAAGUUCUGUCACUCCCCUCAUCCACUGGAUGGACAAGAGGCUUCGGCACAUCCAGCAGAGUGAGCGUGUGACUCAGGGCCGUGAUGGAAACCUCUACUUCUCCCAUGUGACCACAGAGGACAGCAGAAGUGAUUACACCUGCAACGUCCAGUUCCUGGGUGCCCGCAUCAUUGUUGCCAAGGAACCAAUCAACUUGAAUGUCAUUCCCUCUAACUCAUUGCAGAACAAACGGCCACACAUGAUGAGACCUACCGGUUGGCGCAGUUCCUAUCUGGUGCUCAGAGGCCAGAGCCUUGAUCUGGAGUGUAUCGUCCAGGGCCUCCCUACUCCCUCCAUCAAGUGGGUGCGUAAGGAUGGUGUGCUGCCUGAGUCUCGUACCAGAGAGAGUUUUGACAGACUGCUGCGUUUUAACAACAUCUCGGAGAGUGAUGAUGGGGAGUACCAGUGCACCGCCACCAACACGCAGGGCACCGCCGCACACACCUACACAGUGACUGUGGAAGCUGCUCCAUACUGGAUUAAAGAGCCAGAGAGUGAACUGUAUGCCCCUGGAGAGACAGUGAAAUUGGACUGUCAAGCAGAUGGUAUCCCAACCCCCAAAGUCACCUGGACCAUCAAUGGAAAUGCUCUAUCAGAUAUAGACCCAGAUAUCAGGCGUACUGUGAUGGGAGGCACUCUCAUUCUGAAAGACGUGAAGAUCAGCGACACUGCGGUGUAUCAGUGCAAAGCCUCCAAUGUACACGGCACCAUCCUUGUCAACACCUACGUCUUUGUCAUUGAGCUUCCUCCACAGAUCCUCACAGAGGACAGUUUGAUGUACAGAGUAACAGAGGGACAGACUGCCGAGCUACUGUGCAAGACAUUUGGUUCCCCCCGGCCCAAGGUCACAUGGGAGGGCGAGUCCUGGGAUUCAGUGUUGAAUAACCCCAGGAUGACUGUGCUGAGCAAUGGCACGUUGCAGAUCAGCGAUACGUCCCACAACGACACAGGCCUGUACACCUGCUCAGUAGAUGAAGCCAAAAUUACCAUCUCUGCUGAGCUGGAAGUGCUCAACAGGACGGUGAUUGUGGACCCACCCCGCGCCCUGCAUGUCCAGAAGGGGAAGUCAGCCACCUUUACUUGCCAGUACCAGAUAGAUAGCAAUCUGGGCAUACCUCAGAUCCUGUGGAGGAAAAGCAAGAAGAAGCUAAAUGAGUUCUCUGAUGGAGACAAGUAUGUGAUUGAUGGCUCAGAACUUAUUGUGAAUAACGUUCAGGACGAGGACGAGGGCAUUUAUACCUGUGAGGUCAUGACGAGUCUGGACGAGGCCAAAGCUAGCGGCUCCAUCACUGUAGUCGACCGGCCAGAUGCACCAACCCAGCUACAGCUCACUGAGGCAAGAGAACGUACGAUCUCACUCUCCUGGACACCUGGCGAUGACCACAAGAGCCCUGUAUUAGAGUAUGUGUUGGAGUUUGAGUUGGAGGAGGCUGACAGAAAAGGCUGGGAGGAGCUUGCUCGCGUUUCUGGAAACACUCGACUCACUACUGUCCCACUUAGACCCUACCUCAACUACCGAUUCCGAGUCAUCGCCAUCAACAGCAUCGGCAAGAGUGACCCCAGCCAGCCCUCCAGAAGCUAUUACACAUCUCCAUCUUGGCCAGACAGUAACCCUGAAGGAGUGCGCAGCGAGUCUGUAGAGCCAGGCACUCUUGUCAUCACAUGGAACGAGAUGGACAAGAGGAGUUUCAACGGUCCUGGUUUCCAAUAUAAGGUGAUGUGGAGAAAGGUUGUAGGCAGUGGGCCAUCUUGGAAUACCAAUUUCACCACCUCGCCACCCUUUGUCGUCAGUGAUGUAGGUGAUUUCACUGCUUAUGACAUCAAAGUUCAGGCUGUUAAUACUCUGGGAGAGGGACCAGACCCCAAAUCCACCAUCGGCUACUCUGGAGAGGACUAUCCUGAGGAUUCUCCAUUGAAUGUGGGGGUGAUUCUGGUCAACAGCACAGACAUCAGGGUAACCUGGGCCCCGGUAGACAGGGAGACUGUGAAAGGACAUCUAAUGGGAUACAAGAUCCACCUGCAGAACUUUGGCACCUGUGGCAAACAACACCACUGGCAGGAGGGUGCUGAGCCAGUGAGUGAGAUUGUCGUGAAGACAGGAGCUAAUGAGGAGAAGAAGGAUCUCGGAGGCUUGCAGCCGUACUCUUGUUACUCUAUCUCUGUCAGUGUCUUCAACAACAAAGGAGAUGGACCCCAGUCAGAGGGCCGUACCUUCCAGACGCCCGAAGGGGUUCCUGGUCCUCCCACCUCUUUGGAGCUGAUCAGCCCCUCAGAGAAGGAAAUGACUCUGCGCUGGACUCCACCUGCUCAGCCCAACGGAAUACUCACUGGAUACUUACUGGAGUACCAUCAGCUUGAUACUGAAAAUAGGCCCAUGCAAAGGGAGAGCAUUGAUGACCCUAAAGUGUCUCAGUUGACCCUUAAAGAGCUGGACCCUCGCAGUCGUUACCGUUUCUAUAUGCGGGGGCGCACUGCAGCUGGAAAUGGCUUGCCCAUCACUAAAGAGGGAGCCACAACGCUGGAUGGAGCUCCACCUGGCAACAUCACUUUGUCUGUUGGAGAGACGUCAGUCAACCUAACCUGGAUUUCUCACAAGAGACAGAGGAAUGUGGGCUUCCACAUUAAUUACCAAAAGAAGACCGAUCGAGGGAGCUGGAAGCAGUCGGAGAAAGUGAACUCCACUCAGUCAUUCUACACCCUUCAGGGCCUGCAGCCUGGCUCCCCGUACCGCCUGCACCUCGUCUCCAGCAAUGGCACCUUCUGGGAGACUGAAAUACUGACUGCAGGGGCGGAACCAAUGGAGGUGCGGAAUGGUUUUGCUACUGAAGGCUGGUUCAUCGGGCUCAUCAGUGCCCUUGUGCUGUUGCUUCUCAUAUUGCUCAUUCUCUGCUUCAUCAAACGGAGCAAGGGUGGCAAGUACUCAGUUAAAGACAAAGAGGAGGGUCAUGUGGACUCGGAGGCUCGGCCGAUGAAGGACGAGGGAUUUGGGGAGUACAGAUCUCUAGAGAGUGAUAAUGAGGAGAAGCGGACGGCCAGUCAGCCAUCUCUGUGUGAGGACAGUAAGCUGUGUAGUGACGGCGCUCUGGACUACGGCAACAGCAACAGUGUCCAGACGGAGGUGAUCAUGGAUGACUCUCUGGCCAGUCAGUACAGCGGAGUCAGAGAAGAGCCUGAGGCGGACCCCCAGGACAGCUCCCUCCUUAACCCUGCCUCCAUUGGCCCCACCAACCACGGCCUGCCCAACUCCGCUGCUGUCUUAGACUAGCAGGGCAGGUUAGGCCUCAAAUCAAAGCCAGAUUCACAUACGUGCCCACUAAAUCAUAUCUAAGUGACUGACCAAACAAUCAAUAUGCGCAGAACACCGUAAAUACAAACACUGAAACCUGAUGCCAAGCAAUGAAACGCCACAUACACUGCUGGGACUGACCAUAGACCUAAUCGGACUAACUGAUGUACUUCGAGCACAGUCGGAGGGAAUUACUAGACUAGAUUGACUGAAGUGAUGCAGUGAGUUGACUUGAUUUAAAUGUGUACAUCAUUUUCACAUAAAUAUGUCACAUCAACACAAUUACUGGCUGAAGCAAGUCAACAGACAAUAUAACUAGACCUGUCAUGAUAAUGGCAGAUAACAAUUUACUUAUUAUGUUUAUGAUUCCAAUAUAAUAAUAAUAUCAUAAUAAAAUUCCAAUUAUAAUGUACUUGUCUUAAACCCAGAGCACUACAACAUAAUGGAUAAAACAGUAUCAAACAAAAUGUAAGGCCAAAUGGCCAUAAUCACACAAUUGUAUAAUUGUGACAGGCCUAAAUAUAACACUGUGUUGAUGUAAUAUAUUGUAUUCAUGUGGAAAUUGCUAUACAUUAACAUUUUAAUCAGGUAAACUCAGUGCAUCACAUUUUUUAGUGUAGCCUGAAAUCCGUCUGUGUUGGGACUGCCGAAUAAACUGUUUACAGAUAAUUUUGCAAUACAUCCUUUCAAAGUAGCAUAGACGCUAAAUAUAGCAAACGGCAUCCCAGGUUUCCCACCUGCAAAACAUACUUACAAAAGACUGAAAAAUAGUGCAAUGAAUUUACUCGAUUCAGAUGUCUACAUCAGUUUCCCGUGAAUAAAAUAUCACUGCCAUUGCAAGAGAAUCUCUGAAAAUCUCCAAAAUGAUAACUUUUCAGGAGAAAGAAAAGACACUCUGGUGUCUCUUUAUUUGGAGUGAUCCUUUUAGAUGAAACAGUGACUCAACACUCUCAUUAACAUGUCAAAAAAAAUACAAGGGUCAGGUUUUGGGUUGAGGUUAAGCUUAGGGUUAGGAUUAGAGCCAGGGUUACCAUUGGUUUUGGGUAAGGUCGGUAAGGUUAGGUUUUGUCUAAUGGAAGUGGCUUGUUAAAAAUACAUCUACUUAAUAUGAGUAAUGUAUCAACAGAACAUCUACACAAUAUUUACUUCAGUGUAUUCAGAUGCUUCACUACUGCUACUUUACUGAUAUGUUGUUGAUGUGUUACUGAUAAUCUGUUAAGAGUUUAUUAAUCAUCAACAAAGGACCACUCCAAAUAAAGUGCUACCAACACUCUUAAUGCAAAAAAGUUUUGAUGUAAGAUUUUAUUCCAAGUCAUUUUGGACCGUUUCGAUUGGUCCAUUCAUCAUGAAUCUUAUGAAGCACCUGGUGUUUUCAAAUGACAAAAUAUAGCUUGUGAUGUGAAUAUUACAUCCAUCACAGUUUGUCUUUUACUUAACAUACUUUUGCAAUAAUUGUCGAUGUAAUGAAUAAUUGAUGUAUUUAAUUCCUGUAGAUGCAAUAUACGUGUCAAGUAAAUUCAAUGCAUUCCUUUUUUCAGUGCGUGCAAAUGACUUAAAAUCGUGACAAUUUAAACACGAUAUAAACAGACAUGCAGACACCCCAUGGUUAAUGCCAAAUAUAGAUGAGAGUGGGCAACAGAGAAGGAGAAGAGAAGGGAGAAUUGAGGGCCUUAAAAAUCCUGAUCAGUGCAUCAUGCAAGCAUAUGCACAGCGCACGCUGCGUAUGGAUUGCAUAGAUAGCUAUUUAUUAUAUAUAGUUGUGUUCCAUUUCAUUGUGUUUUCAUUGUGCAUUUAUUUCCAGUUUUUAUUAUUUUUUUUACUGAAGACAUUCUACAUCAUGUUAUCUUAUGUUUCUCAUACCUUAUGUGUGGUUUGUUACUGAGUUAAGCCAAGCUACAUACUGUAAAUAUAUAAGAUGCAAUGAUAUGUUGAGAUGAGGUGCUUUAUAUCGAGCUGUAUAUAGUCGCAUCUAGCAUUUAGCCAUUUACAGUAUUAGAAAGCUCUCCAUUGGUCCCUGUGCCUGUCCACUUAACAUCACCUUUAACUCCGUUCUUACCACACCAUCAUCUUCAGGUACAAUGUUCUCAUUUUUCUGUAGCCGUCUGUGUGUGUUUGUCUCUUUUAUUGUACUUUAUUGUAGUGUAUUAAACUGUGUAUACUGAUAAAGCCUCUCUUGCAGUCCUGUUGGUGUAAAGCCAUAUGAAUACACACUUCCAAUGUGUAAAAGGGUAUGAGGUGGUGUUGAGUUUGAUAGGGUUGUGAGAGAGUAGCCUACACCACACGCAUAAAUGUGUACACACACACACACACACACACACACACACACACACACACACAGUGAUGUAAAAGUCAGAGAACACCAUUUAUCAGUCAAAACAUCCAUUAAUUUUUUAAUGAUUCAUUUUUCAGUGAUAGGAAAAAACACAAAACAUAUUCAACAUAAAAUUAAAUUACUCUUUGAAGAGGAACAUAAUGCCAGGUUCUGUUGUGAGGACUGUAACUGAAUAGUUUAAAGCUGGGGUGUCCAACUCAACGAGGGCCAUAUUAGAAAAUCUCAACAAAUCUGUGGGCCUGAAAAAAAUGUUUUUAUUUCAUUUUUGAUUAAAGGCCUGUAACCCAAACUUGUUAAAUACCUUAAAAUAUUACAUGAAUACAUGAUAUAUUUAAAAUUUAAAUGUCCCAAGGUGCCCAGUCUUCUAAACCUACCUAUCUCCUCAGGCACCUGCCGUCUUUUCUGUGGUGCAAGUUAAUUAAUAUGUGGGCUUAAUUUCCGAGCUGCUGAGCUCAUGUUAAGUGUUUAUAUUGGUUGAAAUGCAGCUAAUGCGUUUAGUGAUAUGACUGGUGUGGAAUUGUGUAGAAUUGAAGAGGAACCGCUGUCCCACAGAUUGUUGUUGUGGUAAGAGAGUCAGAGUGCACAUUAAGUUGCAGUGCAUGCUGGGGGCUGUAGUGCAGGGCAUUGUGAAACAGGCUGCUAUUAAUAGAAAAUUAAAAUACCUUUGUGGGCCGGAUAGGAUUGAUCAGGCCCACGGUCCGUGUGUUUUACACAUGGGGUUUAAAGAUUGGAGGAUGGAUAAGUUAAAGUGGUAGUAGGGUACACAAAAGUGAAGCUAUCAAACUGAUAUUGUACUUAGUUGUUGAGGCUAAUUUGUGCAAUUACAAAAUUCUAUUACAUAAUAAAUGCUAAAGACAAACUUAAUGAAAGCAAAGAAUAAAUAAAUGGUGUUCUCUGAGCUUUGCACAAUACUAUGAACGUUGACAAUAUUGAUUCAGUUGUAAAACACAAUCAUUUAUGUGCUUAUCGCGGUGAAUGUAUGCUUUGUUGGGAUGGGAAUUUUGAUUCCAUACCAAUAUACCAAAUAGCAUUUGUUCCUGUUUCGCUGUGUGCUUUGUUUUAAGUUUUGAUGACCAGUGUUAUGUGGGUACGGAGCCCCACUGGUGACAUCCUGUACAGAUAAAAAUAAUGCGUGGCCACAACUUAGUAAGGCGUGGGAAUCAGAAGUCGUGGCCGUGACUUAGUAAGCUGUGAUCUCGUUCUCACGGGUUACUAAGUCAUGGCCACACCUUAAUAAUCUCAUUCCCACGCCUUAUUAAGUCGUGGCCAUGCAUUAGGAUCUCAUUCCCAUGCGUUAAUAAGGCCAUGCAUUAUUUUUAUUUAUAUAGGGUGUCACCAGCAUGGGCUCUGUAAAUGUGGAAAUAAAUGAAGAGAACACGCGGCGUUCACUAAAAGAAGAUCUGAGGCAAAUCCUGUUACUGUGGAGAAAUUGAGAGGAGGCUGUGGGGAGGGGGAGAUGGGAGGGGAACUCUUGAUUUUUAUUUGAAUGUAAAUAAAACCCAAAUGAUUGUUUUGUUAUGGCAUUGAUUUGUAAAGAACUGUGUCUGGAUCUUGGUUUUACAGUCGUUGAUGUUUUAAUAACUUUUGACCUGUUAUUAUUAUGUUAGUUGUGAUAUAACUGUUCUAGAUAACUAGUGAAUAGUUCUCAAAAACCUCGAAAAAGAAAAAAAUUGAUUCUUUGAUCCUUUGAAUUAAAAAAAAAAAUAAGCUGAAAGAUUUUUUUUAAAAAAAGGAAAAUAUCACAUCACAUUGACCUUUGAAUUGAGAUUUGAAACAA